AGAUGUUGAUGACGAAGAGCUCGAUGGGGGCCAUGGAAGGGCCCGUGCUUGACGACGUGAUCCACCGGCUGUUGGAAGGCAGGCAGGGCGGCCGCCAGGUCCAGCUCUCGGAGUCGGAGAUCCGCCAGCUCUGCAUCGAAGCCAAGCACGUCUUCCGCGCCCAGCCCAACCUCCUCGAACUCCACGCCCCCAUCAAGAUUUGCGGUUGGUUGUCGGAUUCCCGAUCUCAUCCUUGACAUUGGUCGCAUUCGAUACGUCGCUACUUUAGAUUCGCGAUUUCCUGGCUUGUGAUUUAGAGCUUUGAUCUUCAUCGAGUUAGGCGCAUAAUAAUACUAUCGAAUAGAAUGCUUUUGGGGCCUUCUAAUGUUGCGAAUAGCAUUAAGGAAAACAUAUAGGCAAAUGUCCCGUGAAAUCGGUAUCAACUUUCUCGUGAUUAACAUGAUCAACAAAUCUUGCUUCACAAAUAUCAAUGUCCUAGUCAAUGUAUAGAUUUCAUUUAUCUGUGAUUUAUUCUUCUAUCCAAAGCUGCUGAAAGGUCAAGGUCAACAGUGGAGGAAUUUCCACGGAAUGAAAGUUAGAAUGUCGUCUUCAUCUUUUUCCCCAUUUGAUGAGGUCAGAUUUGGUCGCCUUGCUAAUUUGCUGAGGUAGACAACACGUAGUUGAUUAUGGGAGUAUCAAAGUGGGUCGAGGCGGGAUGCCUGAUGGAGUUGAAGCGAACCGAUACGGCACAAAUCCAAGAUGUAGAGUUGUUCCAGAUCGAAGUGUUCCACUGAGUAGAAGAGUGCUAUGAGGCAAAUCCUACCGAGGGGCUGAGAUCAUGGAGUGAGUGGUCGAGUUGAGUUUUAGGCCCUCCUAUCAUUCUGGACGUGGAUCCCCCUCCAUCUCGAAAAUGCAGGAGAGGAGACAUUGACGCUGAGAUUUCCAGACCUACAAAGGAUGCACUUUGGUGAUAUACAUGGACAAUAUCUUGACCUUCUGAAGUUGUUUGAAAAAGGUGGCUUUCCUCCUCAUUCUACAUAUUUAUUUCUUGGGGAUUAUGUGGAUAGAGGCAAACAAAGCUUGGAGACGAUAUGUUUGCUUUUGGCAUAUAAAGUCAAGUACCCUGAUAAAAUCUUUCUACUACGUGGAAAUCAUGAAGAUGCAAAAAUAAACCGAGUUUAUGGAUUUUACGACGAAUGUAAAAGGAGAUUCAACGUUCGUCUCUGGAAGACAUUCUGUGAUAGUUUUAAUUAUUUACCAAUGGCAGCAUUAAUUGAUAAAAAGAUAUUGUGUAUGCAUGGGGGCCUUUCACCGGAGUUGAAUAGCUUGGACCAAAUCAGAGAUAUCAAAAGGCCCACUGAAAUACCGGAUUAUGGUCUUCUUUGUGAUUUGCUUUGGUCCGAUCCUGAUCCUAAGAUUCAAGGAUGGGGUGAGAGCGAUCGCGGCGUUUCGGUUACAUUUGGCGCUGAUAAGCUUGCAGAGUUUUUGGACCAGCAUGAGCUUGAUCUCAUAUGCCGCGGUCACCAAGUAGUUGAGGAUGGUUAUGAAUUUUUUGCAAAUCGGCGAUUGGUUACUUUAUUUUCGGCACCAAACUACUGUGGAGAGUUUGAUAAUGCAGGUGCAUUGUUGAGCAUAGACAAAAACCUAUUCUGUUCAUUUGAGAUAUUGAAACCCUAUGAUUUCAUGUCUACUCCAGGCAGCUCCAAUGCAUUAAAAACAGCACCUAAGAAGUCAGAAACUGGCAAAGUUUGACGUGUCUUCAAUCGGUUGUCGAAGUUUAACUCGGCUCCAAGGGGGAGAUCUAAUGGGUGUGGAUCCGCCGGAGCUUGCACUAACUCUGUUGCAGUUCUGGUACUUUGGUAGAGCUUACGACUAAUUUAACUCUCUGUUUUAAAUGAUCGGGAGAGCCAAGCUUGUCUAUCAAGCCGGAAACACCAUGUGUAAACAACACUAAGAGCUUUUGUUCAUGUACAGCAGCAAUGUAGGAUACUCAUGUUCUUUUCUUCUCCACCAUGUUGGUGGCUGCACUUUCUACUUGUAGCUGCAAGCGAUUCCUUUCGGAUCCUCUCAUUGUGUUGGUUAUCUUUCCUCGACACUCAAAUGCAUAUUUGAUCAACUAUUGUGUCAUAUUUAGUGCA